AGUUUCAGCCGCGACAGCAAGAACUGCAGAGCCGGCGACCGCGGCGGCGGCGGCAGAGGCCGGGGCAGCCUGGGCGGGUCGCAGGGUCUCCGCGGGCGCAGGAAGGCGAGCAGAGGUGGGUUCGGGCUCCGUUGGCUAUGCAUACAUCUCCCUUUUUUUUUUUAAUUCUGUAGCGUUAAUGGAAGCCAAUCAGAGGGAGAACCCUCUCCGCCCGGUGGGUGCCGCGCGCCGGAGUUGGGAGGGAUGCUCUCAGCCUGCGAGCCCGGGUCGGGGCGGGCGCGCGGGUCCGGCUGCGCGGGCGGCGCUGCUGCCGCUGCUCAGGACCAACGCCGCUUCCCGGGGAGCCUGGGCGCCGCUCCUCCGCCUCCUGAUAUCCUCUGAGAGCCAAGCAAAGAACAUUAAGGAAGGAAGGAGGAAUGAGGCUGGAUACGGUGCAGUGAAAAAGGCACUUCCAAGAGUGGGGCACUCACUACCCAGAGACUCGACGGUGCCAUCAGCAUGAGAACUUACCGCUACUUCUUGCUGCUCUUUUGGGUGGGCCAGCCCUACCCAACUCUCUCAACUCCACUAUCAAAGAGGACUAGUGGUUUCCCAGCAAAGAAAAGGGCCCUGGAGCUCUCUGGAAACAGCAAAAAUGAGCUGAACCGUUCAAAAAGGAGCUGGAUGUGGAAUCAGUUCUUUCUCCUGGAGGAAUACACAGGAUCCGAUUAUCAGUACGUGGGCAAGUUACAUUCAGACCAGGAUAGAGGAGAUGGAUCACUUAAAUAUAUCCUUUCAGGAGAUGGAGCAGGAGAUCUCUUCAUUAUUAAUGAAAACACAGGCGACAUACAGGCCACCAAGAGGCUAGACAGGGAAGAAAAACCUGUUUACAUCCUUCGAGCUCAAGCUAUAAACAGAAGGACAGGGAGACCCGUGGAGCCCGAGUCUGAAUUCAUCAUCAAGAUCCAUGACAUCAAUGACAAUGAACCAAUAUUCACCAAGGAGGUUUACAGUGCUACUGUCCCUGAAAUGUCUGAUGUCGGAACAUUUGUUGUCCAAGUCACUGCAACGGAUGCAGAUGAUCCAACAUAUGGGAACAGUGCUAAAGUUGUCUACAGUAUUCUACAGGGACAGCCCUAUUUUUCAGUUGAAUCAGAAACAGGUAUUAUCAAGACAGCUUUGCUCAACAUGGAUCGAGAAAACAGGGAGCAGUACCAAGUGGUGAUUCAAGCCAAGGAUAUGGGCGGCCAGAUGGGAGGAUUAUCUGGGACCACCACCGUGAACAUCACACUGACUGAUGUCAACGACAACCCUCCCCGAUUCCCCCAGAGUACAUACCAGUUUAGAACUCCUGAAUCUUCUCCACUGGGUACACCAAUUGGCAGAAUCAAAGCCAGCGAUGCUGAUGUGGGAGAAAAUGCUGAAAUUGAGUACAGCAUCACAGACGGUGAGGGGCUGGAUAUGUUCGAUGUCAUCACUGACCAGGAAACCCAGGAAGGGAUUAUAACUGUCAAAAAGCUCUUGGACUUUGAAAAGAAGAAAGUGUAUACCCUUAAAGUGGAAGCCUCCAAUCCUCAUGUUGAGCAACGAUUUCUCUACUUGGGGCCUUUCAAAGAUUCAGCCACGGUUAGAAUUGUGGUGGAGGAUGUAGAUGAGCCACCUGUCUUCAGCAAACUGGCCUACAUCUUACAAAUAAGAGAAGAUGCUCAGAUAAACACCACAAUAGGCUCCGUCACAGCCCAAGAUCCAGAUGCUGCCAGGAAUCCUGUCAAGUACUCUGUAGAUCGACACACAGAUAUGGACAGAAUAUUCAACAUUGAUUCUGGAAAUGGUUCAAUUUUUACAUCGAAACUUCUUGACCGAGAAACACUGCUAUGGCACAACAUUACAGUGAUAGCAACAGAGAUCAAUAAUCCAAAGCAAAGUAGUCGAGUACCUCUAUAUAUUAAAGUUCUAGAUGUCAAUGACAACGCCCCAGAAUUUGCUGAGUUCUAUGAAACUUUUGUCUGUGAAAAAGCAAAGGCAGAUCAGUUGAUUCAGACCCUGCAUGCUGUUGACAAGGACGACCCUUAUAGUGGGCACCAAUUUUCAUUUUCCUUGGCCCCUGAAGCAGCCAGUGGCUCAAACUUUACCAUUCAAGACAACAAAGACAACACGGCGGGAAUCUUAACUCGGAAAAAUGGCUAUAAUAGACACGAGAUGAGCACCUAUCUCUUACCUGUGGUCAUUUCAGACAACGACUACCCAGUUCAAAGCAGCACUGGGACAGUGACUGUCCGGGUCUGUGCAUGUGACCACCACGGGAACAUGCAAUCCUGCCAUGCGGAGGCGCUCAUCCACCCCACGGGACUGAGCACGGGGGCUCUGGUUGCCAUCCUUCUGUGCAUCGUGAUCCUACUAGUGACAGUGGUGCUGUUUGCAGCUCUGAGGCGGCAGCGAAAAAAAGAGCCUUUGAUCAUUUCCAAAGAGGACAUCAGAGAUAACAUUGUCAGUUACAACGACGAAGGUGGUGGAGAGGAGGACACCCAGGCUUUUGAUAUCGGCACCCUGAGGAAUCCUGAAGCCAUAGAGGACAACAAAUUACGAAGGGACAUUGUGCCCGAAACCCUUUUCCUACCCCGACGGACUCCAACAGCUCGCGACAACACCGAUGUCAGAGAUUUCAUUAACCAAAGGUUAAAGGAAAAUGACACGGACCCCACUGCCCCGCCAUACGACUCCUUGGCCACUUACGCCUAUGAAGGCACUGGCUCCGUGGCGGAUUCCCUGAGCUCGCUGGAGUCAGUGACCACGGAUGGAGAUCAAGACUAUGAUUACCUUAGUGACUGGGGACCUCGAUUCAAAAAGCUUGCAGAUAUGUAUGGAGGAGUGGACAGUGACAAAGACUCCUAAUCUGUUGCCUUUUUCAUUUUCCAGUACGACACUGAAAUAUGUGAAGUGGCUAUUUCUUUAUAUUUAUCCACUACUCCGUGAAGGGUUCUCUGUUCUAUCCGUUCCAAAAGCCAAUGGCUGCAGUCCGUGUGGAUCCAAUGUUAGAGACUUUUUUCUAGUACACUUUUAUGAGCUUCCAAGGGGCAAAUUUUUAUUUUUUAGUGCAUCCAGUUAACCAAGUCAGCCCAACAGGCAGGUGCCGAAGGGGAGGACAGGGAACAUUUCCACUUGUUCUCAGGACAACGUGCCCACUUUGGCUGUCCUGGUGUUUUACUACACUCCAUGUCAGGUCAGCCAACUGCCCUAACUGUACAUUUCACAGGCUAAUGGGAUAAGGGACUGUGCUUUAAAGAUAAAAAUAUCAUCAUAGUAAAAGAAAUGAGGGCAUAUCGGCUCACAAGGAGAUAAACUACAUAGGGGUGUUUAUUUGUGUCACAAAGAAUUUAAAAUAACACUUGCCCAUGCUAUUUGUUCUUCAAGAACUUUCUCUGGCAUCAGCUACUAUUCAAAACCUCAAAUCCACCCAUAUGUUAAAAUUCUCAUUACUCUUAAGGAAUAGAAGCAAAUUAAACAGUAACAUCCAAAAACAACCAUAAACCUAGUACGACUUCAUUCCUUCCACUAACUCAUAGUUUGUUAUAUCCUAGAUUAGACAUGCAAAAGUUUGCCUUUGUACCAUAUAAAGGGGGAGGGAAAUAGCUAAUAAUGUUAACAAAGGAAAUAUAUUUUAGCAUACAUUAAAAGUUUUGGCCACCACAUGUAUCACGGGUCACUUAUCAGUAGGCUAACGUCAAAACUGUUUAAAAAUUCUUGAAUUUUCCUGAGACAAAUUUUAACUUCUUGUCUAUAGUUGUCAGUAUUAUUCUACUAUACUGUACAUGAAAGUAGCAGUGUGAAGUACAAUAAUUCAUAUUCUUCAUAUUCUUCUUACACAACUAAGUUGAAUUAGCAAAGUUAGAUUAAAUAAAACUUAAAUCUCACUCUGGGAGUUCAGUGGAGAGGUUAGAGCCAGCCACACUUGAACCUAAUACCCUGCCCUUGACAUCUGGAAACCUCUACAUAUUUAUAUAACGUGAUACAUUUGGAUAAACAACAUUGAGAUUAUGAUGAAAACCUAUAUAUUCCAUGUUUGGAAGACCCUUGCAAGGGGAAAAUUGGAUUCCCUUAAACAAAAGUGUUUAAGAUUGUAAUUAAAAUGAUAGUUGACUUUCA